AUGUCUACACAAGUGACUCCUGCUGCCGCUCCUGUGCAAAGCGAUGCAGCCCAGGGCAUGCGCAAAAACGGCAAACAAUGGCAUGCUCCUAGAUCUGCUUUCCGGCCCAAAGCGGGCAAUUCUGGAUGGGACAAGCGACAAGUGGAGCGAAAAGCCCUAGAGACCGUAAAAGCGAAGGAGAAGGAGAUGAAGGAAGAGAAGGAAGCCGAGAGACAGCGGAGGAUAACGUCGAUCAAGGAGAAGCGUGCUGCAAAGGAGGAGAAAGCUCGAUACGAGAAGUUGGCCGAGACUAUGCAUAAAAAGCGGGUGGAGAGGUUAAAGAGAAAGGAGAAGCGGAAUAAGAUGCUGAAGUCAUGA